GCAACAAACAUGCUCUAGUAGUUUCACAUUGUUUAGUCUUCGCCGGUCGGGCAACAUGGAGAUAGACGAAAAUGCCUCAGAGAGGUUCCGUUGGCUUCGCGUCAACUGGAAAUGGGGAACUAUCAGAAACGUAAAGAUUGGAAUAUUCCUGCGUUUCAACCCGGUGGUGACAUUUUUAUCCGCUGCAAUCAUCUGGUUCUUCGUAAUUUGGUGCGCAGUCCAAGCCGACGUCGCUAACCGCGAGAUGUCCAAAUGGAUGUUGUGGAUCACAGAGGUGUUCACCUGGAUGUACAUCGGCACCCAAGAUGUGUGGUUUCUGUUUAUUAUUGUCCUCUACUUCUCCAAGUAUGGUAAAAUGAAACUUGGAAAACCUGAUGACAAACCGGACUUUAAUGACCUGACAUACUUCACAAUGUUGUUUGCUGCCGGCAUCGGGAUUGGCUUGUUUUACUUCGGAGUGGCUGAACCUGUAUGGCAUUAUGAACCAGGAGAUUAUGGAAACCGUUAUUGGGGCAGAUACAGCGACAAUCAACGUGCCCAGGACGCCAUCAACUUGACAUUGUUUCACUGGGGCGUCCACGGAUGGAUCGUGUAUGUGGUAGUGGGUCUCCUUCUCGCCUUCGUGGGCUACAGAAAAGGCCUUCCUAUGACCAUCCGCUCCUGUUUCUACCCACUUAUUGGUGAUAAGAUCUACGGCUGGAUGGGUGAUGCGGUAGACAUCUUCUCUGUGGUGUGCACCAUGUUUGGUGUGUGUACCAGUCUUGGAGUUGGCUGCAUGCAGAUCAACAAUGGCUUUCAUCGUCUCAAUCCAGACAUUGAAAACAGCGGGACCAACCAAGUCAUCAUCAUUUGGUCAAUUACAGCAUGCGCCACGGCGUCUGUGGUAAGUGGCUUGAAGGUUGGCAUCCGUCGGCUAAGCGAGAUCUGCUUCACGCUGGGCAUGUUCAUCAUGCUGAUUGGCUUCUUCUACGACAACCCUUGGCAUUCAUUGAAUGUGUACGUACAGAGCAUUGGUUACUACUUACAGUGGAUCGUGCAACUUGGAUUUCACACAGAUGCUUUUGCACAACUGGGAAAUGCGCCCGAUGGCAAGCAGGCGGAGCGAUGGAUGAAUGACUGGACCAUCUUCUACUGGGGAUGGUGGAUCGCCUGGUCUCCGUUUGUGGGCAUGUUUAUUGCGAAGAUUUCCAAGGGAAGAACCAUCCGACAGUUCAUCAACGGCACAAUGACAGCACCGAUCCUGUACGCAUUCUUGUGGUUUUGCAUUUUUGGUGGCCAAGGCUUGAAGAUGGAACGAGAUGCUGCGGUUGCAAACAUAACGUGCGACUCCAUAAUGGGAGGAAGGGGAUCCUUGGCUCCAUAUAAAGGCCUGUACCGCUUGUCCUGCAGAGGAAAGAACGACAUGUGGUUUGAUGUCGUGCAGCAGUAUGGUGACCUAGGAACGUUCCUCUCUGUUAUUUCACUCAUGAGUAUUAUCCUCUAUUUCGUCACCAGUUCCGAUAGUGGUUCUCUUGUGAUCGAUUGCCUCUCAGCAAAUGGCGACCCGGAACCCCCUGUCGCCCAGCGUGUCUUUUGGGCCCUGACAGAAGGCGCAACAGCUACAGCGCUGCUGAAUGCAGGAGGCGAAGAAGGGCUUGUAGCCUUGCAGUCCAUGUCAAUCGCCUCCGGUGUCCCGUACACUGUACUUCUCUGUUUCAUGUGUGUAGCGUUAUGGCGUGCUGUGAAGAUGGAGGGCGGUGACCUUGAUCCACAUGGUCCGCAGUUCAGCACCAGUCUUUUGGACGUCCUGAGCAGUCCAACAAAAGGAAGCGUCGGCAAGGUUCUACUAGCCACAUUUGCACCUUGGUAUUCGAUGGGAAAUGCUGCCUACAAGAUCAGUGGCAAAAACGAGAAACCUCGAUGGGUGUACAUGUUAAUCCUUGCGGUCAUGUUUUACCUCUGGAUCAUUCUGAUGGCGGUGGAGCCUGCUGUAGACGCAAUUUCCUACGUUGGUUGGGCUAUACUGAUGGGCUUCUUCGCCUACGCCACAUCCAUUCGCUAUUCCAUUCGCUUGAGGUACAAUAUCUAUGGCAACAGCGUGGAGGAUUUCUUUGCAGUGAUGGUCUUGUACCCGUUUGCAGCCUACCAGAUGGAGCACCACAUGGAUCACGUCUAUGACCUGGACCGAACAGACUACCCCAUGGUGGAAAAACCAGACAAACCUAAUGGUCACCGUGCGAGUGGCGCAUACGGGUACAAAGAGGAAACACCAGCCAAUGGAAAGGCCUAUCACAUGGAUCACACCUUAAAACUACCAGAGAAAGGACUUCCCCAGUCCGAUGGAAAUUGGACACCUACGAUGUCCCUUCACGACCUGUCCCAGUCUGGGAGUCACUACAACCCAGCCGCUGAUGACGAUUUAUCAAUGCGAUCUGGAAAUUCUUUCUGGUCCAAGACCAAUGUCGUUUAAUGACACGGACCGUUGCUAACUCAUGUUUAUUGUGUUCGCUUUUCACUGAUUAACUUUUAUAAUCAUUUAACGCAUGUGUGUUUGGUCUCCUCCAAGCUCACCAAUUUGAAUAUAUAACCAUAGCUUAACAUAGCUAUCCCAUACUUUAUUGGAAUUCCAAACAGUAAGUUCUUGCUUGUAACAGACAAAUACGUCAAGAAUAUUCAUGUAUUUCUAGUAUUUACGGGAACAUUUCAGAAUAAAACUAAGGGAAAAAUUAAGGCGAAAUCUGAUAGGAAAUCGAGCAAUUUCGAUAUUUAGUGGAUAAAAACCUGGUACCAGAAUAAUUUUAGUUAUUUCACAGUCAUUUUUACGUUUUCUUAAAGCUUAAGAUAUAAAUAGUUGCCUAAAAUAACACUGAAAACAGUUUCCCAAGGGAGAAACUCGCGAAAAUAAAUUUCGAAGUUCUGAGAAAUUGUGCAAACACAGGUAAAAUAUCAUCGUCAGUUUCAUUUUCACCAGUUCUUUCAAGUGAUUCAUACGAAGUUCAAAUUAAUUUCUUUUAAAACAGUCGCACAGAAGUUUCCAAUACCGUGUAAAUAAUCUCGGUUCCAAGGUUUUGUCCACUUGUUACUCGAACUUCUGGUGGAUUCCUUCUUAAACAUUAAGUAACUCGAUUACCUGAUAAACGAAAUUUCAUUUCUGAACCUUUUUUUGCCAUUAAUAUACCUAUCUUGUCAACUUAUAUCGAAGCGCUUAUUUCAACAGUUAUUUAAGCGCGAAUUCAUAGCUAGCUUCGCUUCUUUAAAUUUGACUUCACGAUGUCACCAUGAACACUGAACACAUUUUGCACAUUUUCAUAUUGAAAUGUUUCCGUAAUUAGAAAAAAAUGAAAGGUUAAUGUAUACGUCUGAAUUUUUUCAUAUAAUUUAGGUGUACAUAUUUCAGUCAUGAACUUUUAUGUUCUUUUAUAACAUAACGAAUUUGUCACAAUAAAGUUUUUAGAGCAGUUCGACAGUUUUUUUUUCAAUUGGCCAACGUAAUUUUCUAGACAGUAUGGAAUUGUAUCUAAUGCAAGGUAUACUUUUUAACCCGUGGAGGGAAUAUAAAUCUUUCGUUUUAUAGCGAGGUUACUUACUUAUCCUAUUUUUCCCGGGGGUCUCCCAUAUAAAAAGUUGGUGGAUGGCAACGCUUAGGAGUAUAAGAUUUGGGUGUUCAUGAUGAAACUAUUUUGAGCUGUCAAAGUAUCUUUCAGGGUGCACUCGAAGAAGUAAUGAUAAAAGAAAUGCUCUUAUUUUCUUUUUUAGGCUAGUUUUGGGUCCGUCUCUCGAGUCCGAUCUUCUAGCGCAGGCUCCUUUCCUGAACAGCGGCUGGUAAUCGAGCCUAUUAUGUUUUAAGUGCUAUUUUUUAUUGGUCAAAUAAAGCUUGAACCACGUUCA